CUCACAAACACUGACAAUGUCACGAACAACAAGAUCCGCCGCCAAAAGACUCUUACGUCUCCAAACCUCAUCCCCAUCACUCACAACACCCCCUACAGCCACUCUAGAAACUAAACUCUUCGCAACCCCAUCAGCAUUCGAAUCCUACCUCUCAACCAAUCAUUCCACAAACACCACCGGUCUCUGGCUCAAAAUUGCAAAGAAGAACUCCCCAAUCCCCUCAAUAACAUACGAUCAAGCCCUCGACAUAGCGCUCUGCUACGGCUGGAUCGAUGGCCAGCGAAAAUCCCACGAUGAUUCACACUUCAUACAGCGCUUCACGCCUCGUCGGAAGGGAAGUCUCUGGUCUCAGCGAAACGUGAACAAAGUCGCGACGUUAACUGAAGCGGGGCGCAUAACACCUGCUGGCCAGGCGGAGAUUGACGCAGCGAAGGAUGAUGGACGGUGGGAGAGGGCGUAUUCAUCGUCGAGUAAUGCAGUCAUUCCAGAGGAUUUUCAAAGAGCGUUGGAUGGGAAUGAAGCUGCGGGGGAGUUCUGGACGGGGUUGAAUAGAACGAAGAGAUAUGGUUUUAUACAAAGAUUGGAAACGGCGAAGAGGCCGGAGACGAGGAGGAAGAGGAUAGAGCAGUUUGUUGAACUUCUUGCUGCUGGGAAGACUGUUUAAUUCAUUGAUGGGGGUAUUUUAUAUUAUUAAGAAUCUAUUCAAAUACGAUAAAAGAAGCAAGAAU